AAAUGAAAAAAUGGCGAAAAUGAAUUUCUUAUUUGAUUCAGUAAGCAAGGAUCAGCUUUUAGCAAUUUUUUUUAAUGACGCAGACGAGCAAAACAUGGGAGAAUUAAAUGCCGAGCAACUGCGAAAUGUGUACGCGUCUCUACGGCCUGGUGGCUUGAGUAUACGUCAAACAAAGGCAGCAAUAGCGGAGAUAUGCGCUGCUGAAACCUGCGAUAUUUGUGAAUUCAUGGACGUUUUAAACGAAAUGGAUCGACGAUUUUUUCUGGUGAAGGAACUAGAGUGGGAAUUUGCGAUGCUAGACGGCAAACAACUUGGCUUUAUCAGCGAAAAAGAUGCACAAUUUCUCUUCCAAGCUGUCUAUGAUGAUUUCUUCUCGCAUAGAAGAUGGCUUGAAUUUAUUAAAUCACGUCGAGUGCCAGGGAGCGCAGUAAGUUUUGCCGAAAUCGAAGUAGAGUUGUGUGAUAUACCCUCGGUUGAAUGGCUCGAGCAAGAUGCCAUGAAAGAAGACGAAGAAAGGCAAGAGCUCGUAAAAGCUAAUCAAGCUAAACUACAAGAAGAAGAGGAGAGCUUCCAACGAGCGCAAGAAUUGAAGAGAAAAGAGAAAGAAGCAGAAGAGAUUCGUCUCAUGAAAGAAAAGCAAAGGAAUGAAGAAAGAAAAAAAAUGUUGAAGCAAAAAGAACAAGAAAGAAUCAAAACAGAAAAAAAGCGAAAGAAGAAGAUUUGCUUUCGAUUCAAUCAUUUAGAAAGACGUCUGGAAGAGAUAGCAGCCCGCAGGCGGGAGGAGGAGGCCAGGCAGGCAGCAGAAAAGGAAGAACAACUUCGGGAGGAGCAGCUGCGGAGGAAGAUAGCCAAAGAAGAACGAAAAAAAGAGGAAUGGGAAGCAAGUCAAAAGUGGAAAAAGGAAGAGCUAUUACGUCAGCAGAACGAAGAACGAGAAAAACUGGAACGAGACAGAGCCGAAAAAGAAAUGUUGGAAAACCUUGAGGCCGAAAAAGACCAGGAAAUGGCAGAUGUUGCUGCAGAAGCUGAAGAAGAAGCUAUUGAGGCAGCAAGGUUGGCUUCCGAGGCCGCAAAACAGGCUAUCGAUGAGGAAAGUCGCAAAGCAGCAUAUGAAGCGGAGAAAAGAGCGCUAGCUGAGGCACAGUCAAAUAAAGAAAAGAAACACAAAGCAUCACUGAAGGCUGCACAGAAAUCCAGACGAAUUGAAAAGUUGGACAAGGCCAUUAAAGAAGCUAAAGAAAGUAAAAUAGCAAAAUUAAAAGCACCAAUACGAGAAGCCGAGGAGACCCAACAUGAAGUACAGCUUGGUGUUAACCUUAAACAGGCAUGUCAGGGAAGGAAUCUAGAACGCUUAGAAACAGCGAUAAAAGACGUGAAAAAAGCAGGCUUGGAGAAAUACUAUGGCAUCGAAAUUAGCGAAGGAGAGAGGCUCGCCAACAGACUAAGACGACUAGAAAAGAUAAGACAAGAAAUCCUUGAAUUAAAGCAAAGCACAAUCUCUGAAAUACGCAGCUAUCAAAACCCUCCACCGGCUGUGCAUCAGGUGAUGAUAGCCACCUAUCUUUUGUUGAGCUACAACGAGAAACCGCUGAAAAACUGGAAAAACAUGCAGGCGCUGCUAGGUAAAACUGGCAAAGAAGGACUAAAGAGACAGGUGACGUCACUCGAUCCGGUUAAAGUGAGCGACUCUAUAGCCGAUUACACAGAACGCCAUUACUUAAAGCAACAUCAGUUAGAUACAAUACGUGAUGUAAGCGCGGGGGCAGCAACUUUCUACGUUUGGGCAACUAAUAUGAUAGAGGAAGCACGCGCCUGCGUGGAACAACGUGAAAAACUUGCCGAGGAGGAGAAGAAGCGCAAAGCAGAAGAACAAGAGGAAAGACGAAGAAAAGAGGAGAAGGAGAGGGAACGACAAGAAGCGAGAAAAGCACGACAAGAGGAGCGGAAUUCGAGAAGGCGAACACGAAAUAGCGACCUAAAUAGACGCCAUCGCUCAGGUAGCCGAGGAUUCGAAGCAAGUCCAAUAACAUCUCCUGUCAGAGGGAAGCCAUCAUCGGGCACUCGUGUCUCGAGAAAGACAUCGAAAUCGAGUGAAGUCAGUCACGUGACCUCGCCGACAAGAAAGUUGUCAGGAUGAUCUGAACAUGGGGAGAGAAAGACCUCGAUGGAUAGGCAGGUUUUACAGGGAAUCGAGAAGGAGUCGCAUUAACCUGAGGAAAAUCAUUUGACGCUGCAAACUUAGCAAAAUGAAAUAGUUCAGUGUUUUUUUGGAGGGUGGGGGUGGGUGGUGGUUGUGAAGUGACAGUUCAGAGGGACGUCCAUGCAAUUUCAAAACAAUUGCACAGGAAUAGAUUGCGACGAUGAAAAGAUUAAGUACAACAGGAUAUUAAAAGUAGUCUUAAUGUAUAUAGUCAAUGACGGGUAGUUCUUUGCUAUUAAUAACACUGUAAUGACAAUGUUCACAAUGGCAGUAUAUGACAUAAGUCGAGUACAGAAAUAAAUUGCGGAAUGUUAAGAUUUACAAGAGCUACGAUUACAUGGCGAUAUCAUGUUAAUUGCCAUGUAUUUAUUACUAAAUACAUAGCAAUCGACAUGACAUCGCUAUCAAAUAAAUGCAUUCGCCACGUGUGAUUUCGCCCAGAUGUUACAUGUCAGCAACGUCACAAUUAAGUAAUUGAGCAUUUCGCUCUAUGGAAAGUUACAGCUUAUUUUUAACGAGCUGAGCAUGAUUGCUUUUGAUUGAAUGACUUUGACCGCAUCCACCUCGCUAUCUGGUUAGUAAUAAAAAAUUCUUUACGAAAGCAAAUAAAAUUACAAUUUUAAAGGGC